AAGGCGUUACCCACGAGUCCCUUAAUCAGACGUGGCGGAUUCUCAGAUAUUCUCUCUCUCUCUCUCUCUCUUUUUAAAGUUUCAGUCUUUUUUGUUGUUGUUGGGUUUGAGAGGGAGAGAAUUGGUGUAGAGAGAAACGAAGGAAGAAGAGGAAGAGCAAGAUAUAAGAUUGGGGUUUUCUCUCAUUUUACCUAACAAUCCACUAAGAUUCUUGUGAGAGAAACUUGAAUCUCUGAUUUUGGAUAAUGUCGAGCUCAGCUGCUUCCUUGUGCUGUUCAUCAACUCAGGUCAAUGGGUUUGGUCUUAGACCUGAAAGGUCGCUUCUUUACCAACCCACUUCGUUUUCUUUCUCCAGAAGGAGAACUCAUGGAAUUGUGAAGGCUUCAGCUCGGGUUGAUAAGUUUUCGAAAAGUGAUAUCAUUGUUUCUCCCUCAAUUCUCUCAGCUAACUUCGCCAAAUUAGGCGAGCAGGUUAAAGCAGUAGAGUUGGCAGGUUGUGAUUGGAUUCAUGUUGAUGUGAUGGACGGUCGUUUUGUUCCCAACAUUACAAUCGGACCUCUCGUGGUUGAUGCUUUGCGUCCUGUGACUGAUCUCCCGUUGGAUGUUCAUCUUAUGAUAGUGGAACCCGAGCAGAGAGUACCGGAUUUCAUCAAAGCAGGUGCGGAUAUAAUCAGUGUACACUGUGAACAGCAAUCGACCAUCCAUUUGCAUCGUACCGUUAAUCAAAUCAAAAGCCUAGGGGCUAAAGCUGGAGUUGUCCUAAACCCUGGAACCCCAUUGAGUGCAAUAGAAUAUGUCUUGGAUGAGGUGGAUCUGGUCUUGAUAAUGUCGGUCAACCCUGGGUUUGGUGGACAGAGCUUUAUCGAAAGCCAAGUAAAGAAAAUCUCGGACUUGAGAAAAAUGUGUGCAGAGAAGGGAGUCAACCCAUGGAUUGAAGUUGAUGGUGGUGUCACUCCAAAGAAUGCAUACAAGGUUAUUGAGGCUGGAGCAAAUGCUCUAGUAGCUGGAUCAGCUGUAUUUGGAGCUAAGGACUACGCAGAGGCUAUAAAAGGAAUUAAGGCAAGCAAGAGGCCAGAAGCUGUAGCUGUGUAAUGUGAAGAAACAACAACCGAAAAAGACUUUGUUAAACUUAGGAACAGUUGAAAGAUCAAAGACGAUCACCCAGAUGUUGUUGUCAUUGUCUCCAGUCACCAUAAAUCCAUAAGAAUCAAACUCAGUUUUUUCAAUAUAGGCUCCUUUAUUACUCUUCUGUACCAUUGUCUAUAGAUAUGCAGAUUCCAUACCUUUUGCAAUGAAAUACUGUUAUAAGAAAUAAGCUGUUACAUAUGUAUUUUGACUUUGGAAAAUAAAGCAUUUUCAUCUGUCUU